AUGUCAGGACGUGGUAAAGGAGGCAAAGGACUAGGAAAAGGAGGAGCGAAGCGGCAUCGCAAGGUAUUGCGUGAUAAUAUUCAGGGGAUCACGAAGCCAGCUAUACGGCGCUUGGCAAGACGAGGCGGCGUGAAGCGCAUCUCUGGUUUGAUAUACGAGGAAACCCGCAGCGUGCUGAAGAUAUUUCUGGAAAAUGUUAUUCGAGACGCAGUUACUUAUUGUGAACACGCCAAAAGGAAGACCGUUACUGCUAUGGACGUAGUCUAUGCAUUGAAACGACAAGGCCGUACACUCUAUGGUUUUGGUGGUUGA